AUGUUGGCACCCGCAAUGAUGACGAUGCUGGAACAAGGAACACUUGCCACCGCGAACGAUACUGCACCCGACACGGAUGAUUCGGCGGACGAGGUGUAUGGAAGUGUGGUGUAUGAGGAAGAUGUGUACACAUCGAUACCAUCGGUACCGCCCCUGCAAUACCAGCCACAGAUGCCGGUGAGCGAGUUCGAUCUUCUGGAGGCGCUGCUCAACACGUCAGCCGGCGGACCGAUAGGCAGCUUCUGGAACACGUCGUCCGUUGCCACCGAAACACCCUACACACCGUACGAGCUACGACCGGAGACGUACAUAGUGCCGAUCCUGUUUGCCGCCAUCUUUAUCAUCGGUGUGCUCGGAAAUGGGACGCUUAUUAUCGUCUUCUUACGGCAUCGGGCGAUGCGCAACGUUCCCAACACCUACAUCCUGUCCCUGGCCCUAGCCGACCUGUUGCUGAUUGUUACGACCGUACCGUUUACGUCCAUCAUCUACACGCUCGAUUCCUGGCCAUGGGGAAGUCUGCUCUGCACGUCGUCCGAGUUCAUCAAGGACGUGUCGAUCGGCGUGUCCGUGUUCACGCUAGUAGCACUGUCUGGCGAUCGGUUUUUUGCCAUCGUCGAUCCGUUACGCAAGUUUCACGCACACGGUGGUGGACGGCGAGCCACACGGAUGACCAUCACGACGGCGGUUCUGAUCUGGCUUUUGGCCAUCGCCUUUGCCGUUCCUGCCAUCGUUGGAUCACACAUCAAGACUGUCAUCAUCAACAAGGACGUGUCGUUUUACUUCUGCUAUCCGUUUCCGGACGAGUGGGGCCCACAGUACGCCCGGGGGAUGGUGUUGGGUAAAUUUCUCAUCUACUACGCCGUACCGCUGUUCAUAAUUGGCAUCUUCUACGCACUGAUAGCGCGACAUCUCAUCCACAGUGCCAAGCACGUUCCGGGUGAAAUGCAAGGCACAGUGCGACAGAUCAAAGCACGCCGGAAAGUUGCCGUCACGGUGUUGGCGUUUGUGGUCAUAUUCGGUAUCUGCUUCCUGCCAUCACAUCUAUUUAUGCUGUGGUUCUAUUACAAUCCAAACUUCAAUGAAGAUUACAACGGAUUCUGGCACGUACUGCGAAUAGUAGGCUUUUGUCUUUCGUUCGCUAACAGCUGUGCCAAUCCUGUCGCUCUCUACUGCGUUAGUGGUGCCUUCCGGAAGCACUUCAAUCGGUAUCUGCUAUGCGAUGGAACCUCCAGCAGUCGGCGAAGGCACGGAGACAAUCUGGCACCGAGAGAUACAUCCCUUACCAGCACCAUGUCCCGCCGUUACACCAGCAAACGAAUGCAAUCGCUACGAAUAAAUAUUCAAGAGACAACGAUCGUGAUGAUCCCGAACGGGAACUCCAAAUCCGAGGGUGCAGUGAUCGAAAAGGAAAUGGUGUGCUUGUCGUAA